CAGCUGUCCGCCGCCAAGGCCGAGCAGUCCGCGGCCCUGGCGGGAGAGCUGCAGCAGCGGGUGGAGCUGCUCACGGAGGCGAACAGCAAGUACUCGGCAGCGCUGGAGGCCCUGAAGCCCCAGCUGGGCGACCUGGACUCGCUGCGGCAGCGCAACGCGGUGCUGUCCGCCGCCAAGGACGAGCUGCAGGCGCAGCUGGAGCACUACGCGGAGAAGUUCGCGGAGUUCCAGGACACGCUCACAAAGAGCAAUGAGACCUUUGCCAGUCUGCGGGACCAGAUGGAGGCCAGCGCCAAGCACCGCACUGCCCUCACUCGCGAGCGCGACGAGGCGCGGCGGCGCGCGGAGAGCAACGACCAGACCAUUGUGGCGCUGGUGCAGGACAGGCUGCAGCUCAAACAGCAGGUGGAGACGCUCACCUCCAAGCUGCGGGGCGAGUCGGACGAGCUGCGCCGCGUGCGCACCCAGAAGGAGCGGUUGGAGGGGCUGUGUCGGGCGCUGCAGACCGAGCUCAAGACCGCAAAGGCAGCGGCGGCAGGGGGGGCGGCAGAGCCUGC